AGUAUGUGCAUAGAUUGUCCUUGCCUUGGCUUGGAGCUGAGUCUCUCUCGCGUGCAAAACCCUGAACAUGAAGCUGUUGUCGACAGUUCUGGCCUUGCUUGUGGCCCUGGUAGGCUUGGUGACCCUGAGCAGUGCCAUGCCUGAGCCUGACCCUUUGGCUAACCCUAACCCCGUGGCUGACCCCGAUCCCUUCAAAUUCAAAGGCGGUGGAUUCCGAAGGGGAUAUGGAGGUUUCAGUAGGGGAGGCUACGGAGGCCACGGGGGUUUCAGGCGCGGAGGUUUCGGGGGUUUCGGCAAGAAGAAGAAGUUCGGCUGAAGUUUCUGUUGUCUCGGUUGACUGAUAAUCGGGCUUUCCCUUCAGACGACAAUACAAUCUGCAAUUUAUAUCGACUGUAUCUUUGAUCCUGAAAAAAAUAAAUCAUACAAACUGA